CAGUGAGCUCAUCUUUGCAAACGAACCCUGGCCAUUGCUUGUGGCCGCUAUUUCCACGCACGGAUGCCAUUAAUCGAAUGUUGCCUCUAAACCCUAGUUCAAUCUUCUCACCACAUGCUCCAAAACCCUUACUCCUCGUCGUGUCUCCCUCUUCCUCGUACAACGUCGUUCGCUGCCGCGCCGCAGACCUGCCUGCAGGCACUUCAUUUCCUAAGUGGUUGUUCAAUUUCACGGCGGCAAUUGAUGUCCCACUCGGUCCCAGAUUCCGUCCAACGGAAGCGGAUAGACGAGUUUCCAUUAGCGACAUCACCAAGGUUAAUGCUAGGGAGAAGAGGUGGUCGCGUGAUCGAGAGAGCUAUUUGGCCGAUGAUUCUGAUGCCCUCCCUCUUCCUAUGACGUAUCCUGAUUCUUCCCCCGUCGGUCCUGAUGAAAUCGAUCGUCGUCUCCGCUGCAAUCCUGAAUUCCAGGAUUGUAAGGAAGUUGUAUAUGAAUGGACAGGAAAAUGUCGGAGUUGCCAAGGUUCAGGUUUUGUCAGUUAUUACACAAAAAGAGGAAAAGAGACAGUUUGCAAAUGUGUCCCAUGCCUUGGAAUAGGUUAUGUGCAGAAGAUAACAGGGCGGAAGGACAUUGAUGUCAUGGAAGAUUUGGAUAAUGGAAAACCACCUUGACCAUUGCACAAUCUUCUCUAAACACGAUUUUUCUUCUUCUUUAUGAGUCCAUCUCUUCUUUAUUUGGUGGAAUCAAAUUGAAAGAAUGUUGAACUGUUGUAAUUUAAUUAUAUAUAAGCUUAAAAGAAUAAGAUUCAGAGUCA